GGGUUAUAUAAAAUUGAUCAUUGAUGGGAGACGUUUGCUUUUCUGAAGUUCGACUUAUUCUGUAACUCGAACUUCACCAAGCGGUUUUAUGGCCGUGCACCUCAUUGAAACAGAGGAGAGAUCAGGGUGUAGGAGGCGAGGGGACCUGGUGCAGAGCAUGGCUGGUGCAGGGCGCGGGCAAAGGGCGCGAGUGCGGGCGUGGGCGAGGGCACAGGCUUGGGGUGCGGCAAGGGCAGGGGUGUGGUGCAACAGGAGGCUAGUCUGGGUGCAGCAGGAGGCUCGUUUGGGUGGACCUUGUGUUUUCCAGAUCUAGAAGAGCUUUGUUUCCUGCACAUGUUGAGCAUCAUAUUCCUCUCUAAAACAAUGCGCUCCACUAUUGCGAUGCCUCUGUUUUGCUUAGAUCUAGGGUAUUCGAGUGGUAGUCAUUGGAGGCUAAUUGGUUUUUUCGAUCCUAAGCCAAAGGAAAAGGAUGAGGUUGGUGAAGUCGCUACGGGGGAGAAUGCCACUUCA